UCUGGUUCCACGGGCGGAAGCUACGGUGUCGCGAGUUCGAGGCCUGCCCUGGCUGUGGGCAAGUGCUCCGGGACGAGCCACAGCCUACUGCUUGCUGCUGCUGCCGCCAUGAGUGGGAAGUCUCUGCUGCUGAAAGUCAUCCUCCUGGGCGACGGGGGCGUUGGGAAGAGCUCCCUCAUGAACCGCUACGUCACCCACAAGUUUGACUCCCAGGCCUUCCACACCAUUGGUGUGGAGUUCCUCAACCAGGACCUGGAAGUGGACGGGCGCUUCGUGACCCUCCAGAUUUGGGACACGGCGGGACAGGAGCGCUUCAAGAGCCUGCGGACACCCUUCUACCGCGGCGCAGAUUGCUGCCUCCUGACCUUCAGCGUUGACGACCGCCAGAGCUUCGAGAACCUGGGCCACUGGCAGAAGGAGUUUGCCUGCUACGCCAACAUCAGGGAUCCAGAGCGCUUCCCCUUCGUGGUGCUGGGCAACAAGGUCGACAAGGCUGAGAGGCAGGUGGCUGUGGAGGAGGCCCAGGCAUGGUGCCUGGAGCAGGGCAACUACCCUUACCUGGAGACCAGUGCCAAGGAUGACACAAAUGUGGCGGUGGCUUUUGAGGAGGCCGUGAGGCAGGCGCUGGCUUCAGAGGAGCAGCUGGAGCACUGCACGUUGAGCCGCACGGUCGAUCUGCACCCCAGUGCCAGGCCAGGCUCUUCGUGCUGCUGAAAGGCGCCGGACUAGAACUGGCUGCUGUUUACAGAGGGAGCAAUGGGAGGUUCCUGAGCUGGAGGUCAACCCAAAGGGGACAGAGGGUCCUUGUGGGGGACACUCUUCUGUUUAGCCUUAACCCAUCUGGUUAAGCUGCGGCCUCCUUAUCAGUGCAGCGUGGGACUGGGUGCUCGUGGAGAGCGCUUCCUGCUCCCUUUCCUCUCACCCUGCCCUCAUAGCUGUAGAGAGGCAGUGCUGGGGUCCUUUGCCUGCCCAGCAGCCCCUCAGCUCUGAGCAGGAUCAGGGAGAGAGUCAGAAUUGCUGGAGAUGUUGCACAGUCACCUGGCAAAGACGUGUGUUAUGUGGGACUUUCUUGCCAAGGCGCAUUGUGCUGGCAGGUGGGCCAAAUGGGUGGGGGGAACUGAGCAGAAUCAGCCCGUCUCUGUGACUGUCACACUGCUGUCAGUGCCGAGUCAACAAGAGACCUCUGUCAUAUCUCUUCCAUCUCUUCUCCUACCUUGGCGGUCUUUACUCCUGUUGAUUCCCCUGGGAUAGUUAGAGUUGGCAGUGGGAAAGAUCUGUGGGGCAGAAGGAAGAUAGGCUGGGAGAUUGUGCAGGUGCCUCACCUGGAAACAGGAGAUAAGGCUCAUUUUGACUUUGGAGGAAGCAGAUGGCCCUGGGGUGAAUCUCUGGGGACAGUAACUUGGCUAGAACAUACUGUAUAUGUGUGUAUGUUAAACAGUGAAUCCAAAGUGUGGCCAUCUUGAAUCUCUGAUCAGAGCAAAGGUCAACUCCAUUUUCUCCAUUCUGCAUUCUGGCCAAAUUGUGCAUCUCCACCAGUUGCGCCUAUCUUUGGGGGAAUUCUUAGCUCUGCAAGGUUGCAGCUGUUAGCGGAGUCCCUAAGAAGUAACAUUUCUGUGCUGAGCCAAUGCUGGGAGAGGUGUGUCCCCCUCAGGCUGUUCUGAAAACGAGGGCCUCCCACUGCCUAGGAAAAUGGGGGUGCAGGUGAAAGGUGAGCUGCUGCUGGAGGCUUUGAGCCAAAGAACUGAGCCCCUGAGAGCGCUGGGUGGCCUCAGAAGGCGUGAGGCCUGGUGGGGCAAUGAGGGCCACGGUUUUCAGCCUGCUGCUGCUGCUUCUCUGCCGCUCACAUCCACGAUAUUGGGCGAUGUCCCUUCUGCAAGCCAGAGUCUAACCGUUCCCCCGUUGUCUUGGGGUCCAGCAGAGGUGGCUUCAGAAGUUAUAGGUGAGGCAAAGCCCUUGAAUUAGUUUUUGCAUAGAGCCCCCGAUAAGAUAAGCCCUGCCCCAGUUGCAUCUACCAGGGGGUGUUCUGAAAGGGAAGCAACCGGCUAUGAACGAAGGAGGGAAGGCUGCCAAACAGAGGGGGGCGUAGCCACACCUCUCAGGGGUGUUCUUGCUUUCUUUUGCAGCAAGAUUAAUGCAUUUAAGAUGCAGUCCAAAUGCAGUCAUGUUUUCAUUCAUUCCCAGUGAAAACACUCCUAGUGUUAUAAGCAUGGCUAAUUUUUUUCAAAGCUUUCUCCAGAGAGAGAGUCAUGUCAGUCUGUUGCAGCAAAACCAAACCAGUAGCACUAAUAAAGAUAGGGUUCAAGCCUUAACCCUCUAAAAAUGGCAAGUUCAUUAUUGUGUCAGAAAGGAGACUGCUCUGUCCAAAGCACCCCACGCCUUGCCCUCCUGUGUAUCUCUUCCUGCCCGCUGACGAAAACAGUCGAUCUGAAGAAGUGGGCUCUGAUUCCUAAAACUCCUGUCCUGUUAGAUUGGCUGCAGAUAAGACAUCCCGAGGCUCGCUGCUCUUCUCCUUACCAAGCACCUCUCUGAACCCUUGCAAGAAAGCUGGGGUUCCCAUUUCAUCUGGCAGCACCUCGCUGGGCCAUCAACAGCUCACCCAGCUUUCUCCACGAUCAUCCAGGCGUGCUCACAGUCCUGUACUUAUAAGCUGUGGCAGCAUAAAAAGGGGACAUAGACGUGUACCU